AGUUUUUGAACCAUGGAAGCUCCAUCAGAGGCACAAUUACCAAGAAGAACUGGAGGCUGGAUCACCUUCCCCUUUAUUAUAGCGAGCUCAGUGGGGUUGACCUUAGCAUUUGGAGGUUGGACAAACAAUCUUAUUGUGUAUCUGAUUAAGGAAUUUGAUGUGGAGAGUAUUGAUGCUGCUCAAAUAUCAAAUUUGGUUAAUGGUGCUGGAAGCUUAAUUCCUGUUGUUGCUGCAAUUAUUGCCGACUCUUUUCUUGGUUGCUUCUCUACCAUUUGGAUCUCAUCCAUCAUCUCAUUAUUGGGCACUAUCCUUUUAGCUUUAACAGCUACAGUUGAUUCUUUAAGGCCUAAACCAUGUGAAGUUGGUUCAACCUCAUGUACCCCUAAACCGAAAGGUCAAUAUGUAGUUCUCUAUGCAGCAAUAGCUCUGACUACUCUGGGUAGUGGAGGUACCCGAUCAACCCUUUCGACGAUCGGAGCCGAUCAGCUAGCUGAUAACCAAGGGAUCAAGGGAUUUUUCUUCAAUUGGUUCUUCUUCUUUUGGUAUUCUGCUUCUGUAGUAUCGUCCACAGCUAUUGUCUAUGUUGAAGAUAACGUGAGUUGGAAAGCUGGAUUUUUCAUUUGUGCUGCGUCCAAUAUUGUUGCUUUACUCAUUUUCCUAAUGGGAAGUAGAUUUUACACUAAAUUUAAGCCAGAAGGGAGUCCAUUCACCAGUUUUGGCUCGUGUUGUUGUUGCUAG